AGCCGCAGAAAGUGAAAAUAAAAAUAAGAAAAUCACCAUUCUCGCCACUCACUACUCCGUGUGAGUCGUGACAAAACGAAGUGGACCGUAAAUUUCGCCUUUGUGUCAAUCGACCGCGGAGUGUUCGACGUCUUUCUGAGUGCAGCAAAGAGCCAAGUGUAGUGACCAAUAUUUUCCUCGCGAUUGUCCAUCAUCGGACCGACGACGGUGGAGUUACGACUUUUAUUUCAAUGUAUCCAAUUUCGCCAGGAUAGAGUGCAAGAGAGCAGAAAAACACGUCUCACUCUUUUUGGGGCGAGCGAAAAAAAGGCAUCGGAAAUUUUCCGAAAACCGAUUGGCAGUAAUAUUGGACCCGCACAGUGAGACGCAGUGAAAAGUAAUUAAAUAGUGGGGAACGAAGAAAAUUGUCGAAUUUUGGAUCGAUUUUUCCGUGACCAGUGGCCAUGCAGAAUUACGACGACCCAACAAGGAUGGAUAUUGCAUAAUAAUUGAACGAGAAAAAAGCUUGACAAACGACGAGCAGCAAAGGAAAAAGGCGAAUCAGCAAAAAAAAGCGAGAAAAAAGUGAAUAGAAGUUUUCUUUUUCUUCGACCCCAAAGUGGUGGACAAGCCAGGUAGCCAAUGGUUCCCUGGAACGUGUGAAAGAAGCUGGUGCAACGCGCGGAUCGGAAGCAUAUUGCGCAAAACGGAAACGAAGAACAACACGUCCCAUCUACAGCUAGGAGGAGCAGCAGCCAAAGAGCAAAGUAGGCUUCCAUUUUGCUCUGUCGCGUUUUCUGACAGCUCCACGGCUCACAGACGGAGGAACGUCAUAAGAGUUUUUGCUGUGCAUCCAAGAGGGAGGAGGCACUCGCGGACGAAGUUUGAAGAAAAGUGCUUUUUCUCGGACGGAUUUAAGGACCCCAUUAAGGACUCGAGCUGGGAUUUCUUCCAACGGCGGACGGGGGCUUAAAUUUCUUUUUCUUUUCUUCUUUCUCUUCCUCCAAUCGUUUUCCGACAUCUCUCUUCGUUGCGUGUCUCUGUGUUCGGAAAAAAAAACUCUUCAUAAUUCCUUUUUCCUCGUGUGAUGUGAUCGUGCUUGCCGAAAUAACGAAAAUAACCUGAAAUUGUGUGUAUCGCGAAAAAAAUAAAUACACACGCGCACACCAAUAACAAUAACAACAAAAAAUGUCGAACGAUGACGGAACCAAAACGUUGUAAAUACACUUCCAGCGCCGCUAUGGAUUACGACAAGACGGUCGAAGCAAUGGACACGCAAGACGACAACGAGGUAGAUCCGCCGACCGUGCAGAAAAAUGCUCCGGUGGGAUACAAUCCGGCCAACGGAGGCGGAGGAGGAGGCGGCGGCGGCGGAACGUCCGGACCGGAGCAGAUGAGUAUGGACGACCAGGACAAUCUGGACGAUGAGGUGCGACCGGAAGCCACUUUCAGCUUCAAGGUGGAGAACCUCAGCAGAUUCAACGACUCGAUUCUGUCCCCUCCUUACUAUGUUCGGAAUUUGCCCUGGAAGAUCAUGGCCAUGAAGCGAAACAGUGAAACAACGACACCGGCCAGCAAGGGGCUUGGCUUUUUCCUGCAGUGCAACGGGGAAAGCGACAGUUCCAACUGGAGUUGCUUCGCAUCGGCGGAAUUACGAUUGCUCUCGGUCAUACCCGGACGGGAACCGUUUGUCCGGAAGAUCCGACAUACCUUCAGUCGGAUCGAAAACGAUUGGGGAUUCUCGUUCUUCAUGAAUUGGAUGGACAUCCUCAAUCCGGAAAAUGGCUACAUCCAGAACGAUGCCAUCACCCUGGAAGUACACGUAACAGCCGAACCCCCGCGUGGCAUCUUCUGGGACUCGAAAAAACACACCGGUUACGUGGGUUUGAAGAACCAGGGAGCGACCUGCUACAUGAACUCCCUACUCCAGACCCUAUAUUUUACCAAUCAACUGCGAAAAGCGGUCUACAAAAUGCCAACGGAAGCCGACGACGACUGCAAAUCCGUCGCCCUGGCCCUCCAGCGGGUGUUUCACGACCUCCAAACUCAAAGCAAACCCGUCGGCACGAAGAAGCUCACGAAAAGCUUCGGCUGGGAUGCUCUCGAUUCCUUCAUGCAGCACGACGUCCAGGAGUUCCUGCGCGUACUCCUCGAUAAGCUGGAAAAUAAAAUGAAAGGAACCAGCCUGGAAGGUACCAUCCCCAAGCUCUUCGAGGGCAAAAUGAUCUCCUACAUCAAGUGUCAAAACGUGGACUACACCAGCCGACGAACGGAGACAUUCUACGACAUCCAGCUCAACAUCAAGGGCAAGAAGAACAUCAACGAGUCCUUUAAGGACUACAUCGCCACGGAAAUCCUGGACGACGAUAACAAGUACGACGCCGGGGAGCACGGCCUUCAAAAGGCCGAAAAAGGAAUCCUGUUCAGCAAGUUUCCCCCGGUCCUGCAUCUGCACCUGAUGCGCUUCCAAUACGACCCGAUCACCGAUAGCUCGGUCAAAUUCAACGACCGGUUUGAAUUCGACGAAAAAAUCAAUCUGGAUCCUUUCCUGGAGAAACCGGAGGACACCCCGGCCACGUACAUCCUGCACGCGGUAUUGGUUCAUUCCGGCGACAAUCACGGUGGCCACUACGUGGUCUACAUCAACCCGAAGAACGACGGCAAGUGGUGCAAGUUUGAUGACGAUGUGGUUUCCCGUUGCGCCCGGAACGAGGCCAUUGAGCAGAACUACGGUGGACACGACAACGACCUGAACAUACGGCACAGCAGCAACGCGUACAUGUUGGUCUAUGUGCGGGAGUCGGUUAUUCACGAGGUGCUGGAAGAGGUCAAAUGUAGCGAUAUUCCGGAAGAACUGCAGGAGCGCCUGGACGAGCAGCGACGCAUCCAGCAGUGCCGCAGAACAGAGCGCACCGAGGCCACCAGCUACAUGAACAUCAACGUACUGCUAGAGGACUACAUGGAAAUCUAUCAGAAGUCGGACCUCUUCGAUCCGGCCACGGCCACGUACCGAAGCUUCAAGGUACGCAAGGCGACCACCAUCGCCGAGCUGGCAACACUGUUUUCGAAAACCUUCAAGGUGGACCCGGACAAGAUGCGCAUGUGGACCGUGUCGAAGAACGACCUGAGGAUACACAAGUUUACGCUGAUUGACCAGAAUGCAAACGAACCCUGCAGUAAGCACGCGUACCAGGAUCCGAAGAAUUCGUGGACCAUAUUUUUGGAGAUGGGCUCGCCGGACUCGGACCAUUUGGACCCGAUCGAGGAGAACGAUUUGUUGAUAUUUUUCAAGUCGUAUGAUCCGAUUGAGAAGCGGUUAAACUACUGCGGCCAUGGGUUCUUCAAGGCGAAACAGUUCCUCUCGGAUCACAACUUCCAGGAGGAGUGUGUUAGGAGAGCGCAUUUUGAACCGGGUACGGAAAUCCAGCUGUACGAGGUUACGGACAUCAACAAGGCUACGAAAAUUAGGGAUGCUUAUGUAAUUGAUGCGGCACUUUCGCGGGCGAUCAACGGUUCGAUCAUCAUCAUCGAGAAGGUCAAUCCGGGCGUGGAGCAUCUGGAGUUCCCGACGUGCGAAGAAUAUCUGAAGGAUCUGUACUGUCGGAUUGAAGUGGUCUUUGUGGACACGCUGAACCCGAACGACACCGGUUUUACGUUGGACUUGUCAUCCGAGUCGAACUACGACCAGAUAGCUAAGGCCUGCGGCCGGAGAAUCAACGUUAAUCCGUACGAAAUUCAGUUUUUCAAGUGUAAAAAUUUUAGUGAUAUUCCCGGACAGCCUCUUCCGUACACCUACACGGGCACGUUGAAGGACAUCCUUAGCUAUACGAAGGCCAAAACUGUUAGGAAGUUGUUCUAUCAGAAGCUUUCGAUUAGUAUUAACGAAUUGGAAAACAAGAAACAAUUCCGCUGUUUAUAUCUGAUGCCGAACCUGAAGGAAGAGAAGGAGCUAAUUCUGUACCCGAACAAGAACGGAACGGUGCAGAGUUUGCUGGCGGAGGCGGCCAAGGUCAUUGAGUUCAGUGAAAAUAGUACGAAGAUUCUGAGAAUAUCGGAACUCUCCAAGAACCGACUAGCGCCCGGGCCAUCCAAGGACACUCCCCUCGAUCAGCUGCACGACUACACGGACAACACGUUUGUGCAGCGGUCCACCAUUAGCAAUCAGAAGAUGUACCGAAUCGAGGAGGUGGCCGAGGACGAAAUCAACCUGGCGGAGAACGAGAUGCUCGUACCGGUACUGCAUUUCACCAAGGACAUUGGUAGCAUUUUUGGCAUCCCUUUCUUCAUCCGGACGGUGCACCAAGAGACGUUCGCCGCUCUCAAGGAGCGCAUCAAGAAGAAGCUCAACGUGUCCGACAAGGAGUGGGAAAAGUACAAGCUGGCCAUCAUCACCGAACACGUGGACUACAUCGAUGACGAGACGAUCGUAAUCAACCUGGAGAUGUUCCGCCCGGAUCCGGGAGAUGUGAACUCGCGGACCUACCUGGGCCUGGAACACAUCAACAAAAAUACCAAGCGAAGCAGGUUCAACUACAUGGAGAAGGCGAUCAAAAUCUACAACUAGGAGAACCCCCCAAAACCACACAUAGAAAUCAAUUUUUCCCGGCUUGCUUUUAUGACGCGCUGCUAGUGUUUUUCGUUUGUGACCAAAAAAUAAUAAAAAAGGUGAAAAAGUUCCGACAUCAAGAAAACCUAUCUGUACUACCGGCCCAGUGGUUUCGAUCAGUUUCGCAGGGUUAGUCCGCUCGUUUUGAUCGAGGUUUUUGUUUUUAGCAGCAGCAGCAGUAGCAGUGCAGGUGUGUAAAAUCCUAAAUUGUCACGUUCCAAAAGCCAAGCGAAAACUCUAAUAGAAAAAACAAAAUCAACAAGUUUAAAAGUGUGAAAGAUGGAUGCUGUUAUUAAUUUUUUUAUUACCGUUUUUUAUAUCGACAAGUUUAAAAGCAACAAACACCCCUCCCACAAACACACACACACAUACAGGCGCGCGCGCAUACGAUAGAAAGGCAUACUGCAAAACACAACAAGAUUUGAGGAAUUCAACAGGUGUGAAGUGCAUGUGGUAUACAUACAUAGUUAUAUUGUAACAGUUUAUAAGUUAUCAUGAAUUGAGAGAUUCGCGCUAGGGAGCCAUCCUCAAAUUUCCUGCGAGCGCUCGCGCGCGCACAGCGGCGAAAUCAAUGACUAGUGUUUUUAUUUUCGAGGAAAAAAUAGCUUUUAUGCAUGAUCAACUGGACGAUCCAAGUGCGACGAUUGUAUGAUAUUUCCCGGAGAACUAAUAUUCACAAAACAAUGUGCUGAAAUUAUUUUUUUAGAGGCGUAGAAAUAUAGAUUUGACGUAGUACUGAACCAGGUUUCUUUAUGUCUUCAUGUUGAUUAUACUCAGCCCUCUCGGAGUUUGGAAUCCUGUAAAAUGCAUGCCUAGAAUCUUGAAUUCAAAACUUUUCAGGCCGUUUAUUCGGCAUGUCUGUUAAAAUUUUGCGGAAAUAGGAUUGCGAUAACUGACCUGAAGUUUGCACGGAAAAAUAGAACGAGCAGCUCUGGUAUGACAGUUCCCGGAGAAUGCCAUUGCUCGGGGUAACCCUGGAAGAUAACUUAUGGUGACGAAGGGUAUUGGCAGGUUUGUUCUCUUCGUCAUGGGGGGUUUUGUGGGCCACAUUACCUGAAAUUUGGGCAUAUAACUCAGCUUGGUUGGGAAGGACUUGAGGCCAACUCUGAGUUCAUCAGGUUUCAAAAACGCCCUCAUGACGAAGAGAACAAAACUGCCGAAAAUACGUAAGUUCCCCGAUCUUCUUCUUUGUUUUAAGAUAUUGAAAUUGCGUUCCGAGUAAAAAUAGAUCAUUCCGGGAAAUGUGUCAUUUGCGGGCGCAAACACGUUGCGCUCGAAGGAUUUUUUUGACGUGUUACUGUGGCAGCGCUUCAUUGUACAGCGUUACUUCUCUCCAACAUUCCAGAGAGAGUAUUGUAUCUUCGUUACCUAAUCGGACGUUCCACAACUGAGUCGCAAUGCAACCAAACUAUUCUGACUCAUGUCGGUAGCAGUGCGCAUCUAUCUCUUUGUCAUUAAAACGACAGCGCACAAGUCGCGAAAAAGUUGAGGCACUUGUGGUCAAAGAAAAAAACCUUACAAAUGUGCGUUUGUUUUGCGAUUGUUGGCCUGCAUUGACUCUUUGGAAACCACAUACAUGUUGUAACGCUUUGAUGUCCAAGUGCACAACAUAAACAAGUAUUUACGUAUGGCCAAAUAGAAAUUUAGAUUGUAGGUAGAAGGAAGGAAACCAUGUGCUAUAAAUCGUAUUCAACAACAACUAUUACAACAGUUCCGCAGGUUGGAAUUUAAAAAGCAUUCGCUAUCUAAAUUAAAAUUUGUUCAUCGAAGGCGUGUUUCUGUUACACAUAUGAACAUCAAAACGUUAUAACAGUCCUAGAAGUAAAUACCAGUGUCAAUCGUCAUUGGAUUCAAAUUUCUAUGACAGAUAUUUUUGUUUUCAUUUUUUUUUCGAGAAAUAUCAUACAGUUACAGGGGAUACUCAAAAUAACUGGGACAGGUAAAAUUUUCACUUUUCAAAAAAUGUUCAACUCGCUGUAACUUUUUGAAAAGGGCAUCAAAUAUUCUCAAAUUUUUACUGUAAGUUCAUCAACUAGUUGUGUAUCAGUGGUUCAAAUUUGGAAAAGAUCAGGCUAUUCUUCACGAAGAUAUAAAGAUUCUUGAAAAGCGUAUAAUUAUUCGAUAGCCAACUUUGAGCUUUUAUAUCUCCGGAUUCAAUGAACUGAUUGCAAUGAAAUUUUGAUCAUUCAUGACUUAUAUGAUGAACUCUUAAAAACGUUUAACCUCACUUUAAAUUUUUAACAAGAGAAAAAGUUAUAACGACUUAAUUAAUUUCACGAUUUUUUAGUAAAUUCAUCAAUUUCUAAUAUGCAUCCCAUUACUUUCUCAAUAUAUUAGCGGCUAUGUUGUAACUUUCCUUCAAAACACAUUUAUAUAUAAGUCAUUUAGAGGGAAAUUAAUUGAACUAUAAUUUGCAUCUUGAAUUUUGAAACGAUGUUGAAGUUUUGGAUAAUUUGGUGUUUUAUUAGAAAAAUAAUCUAAUCGUUAUAAUUUUCUUCCGUGUUAAGAAUUUUAAGUUAAGUCAAAGGUUUUUCAUAGCUCAUUAUACAAGUCAUGAAUGGUCAAAAUUUCAUUGCAUUCGGUUCAUUGAAUCCGGAGAUAUAACAGCUCAAGGUUGGCUAUCGGAUAAUUUUACCUUUUUCUAGAAUCUUUAUAAUUCCGUGGACAAUGGUCUGAUAUUCUCCAAAAUUGGACUACUGAUACACAACUAGUUGAUGAACUUACAGUAAAAAAUUGAGAAUAUUUGAUGCACUUUUUGGAAAGUUACAGCGAGUUGAACAUCUUUUGAAAAGUGAAAAUUUUACCUGUCCCAGUUAUUUUGAGUAACCCCUGUAGUACACCGCAACCCUCUCCAAUCAUGAAUGAUGACGCUUGUUUUCACCCUCCCCAAUUUCGUUGUCCAAUCCACCAGGCUAGUUGUAGGAUUAUAAUGAGCCUCUUACUUGUUCUAACAAAAAAAAAAAAAAUAUAUAAAAGAAACUUUCACUCUUCAGUCGAGCACCGGAAAGAGCGAGAGCGAAAGAGAUAGCCUAGAAAACCCAUUAUCACCUGCCGGACGUGUUAGAGAGAAUUAUGGAACAUUCUCCAAGGCUCACACAUACACAGAGAAAACAUAUUAAGGCAAAUCGAUUAUUUAUAUUUAAAUUAAAAGAAGGAAGUGAAUGAAAAGUUAAACAAUUAAGACUAUAGUUAUAACAGAAAACUAAAUGCAAAGCAGAACAAGGAAAACCACACACAUUAAGCUCCCGGCUAGUAAAUCCAAGGACAGAAUUAUAAAUCACUUAAAAUUCUCGCUGAAUAAAAGAAAAAUGGUACAGAAAUAAAUGGAAUCACUGACUGUGGAAGAAAGCCUGAUAAUAUACCUAAAACUAUUAAAACAAAAAGUAGACAAAAGCAAACAAACUCAUGCCGGAAGUCGAGCCGUCGUAGAUUUGGUUUUUGUCAACGAAUCAAAGUCCUCAAAACACCCCCACCCCCUUUCCUACACACCCACACUCACACACAACACACACAUACAUAUUCCAAGAGAAAAAUGUUUUUGUUUUAAAACUCACGAGAAACGACGAAAUGGUAUAAGCGGCAACAGCAAAUCGCUUCUUUCCUCUGCCUCUCGAAGGGACAAAAGGAAAACUAAUUCUUAGGGGGAAACUAUGAGGCAUGAAAUAACGCGCUAAACCGUGUCUUGUCAUUCUUGAAAAGAUCCGGACAUCUCGGAACAAAAACCCGACAAAAACAAAGACGGGAUAUAAGAAUGUACUGAGCAAGCAGGAUCGAGUGGAUGCUGUGUUGACGAGUUAGUAGAGGUCCAAAGGAGGACGAGAAGAAGGAGGAGUGCUGUAAUUGUAAUAAAAACAAGUAAAAAUUAUAAAAUAAAAAAAAAAUCAAUAAAAAUGUUCUAAAAAUCUA